AUCCGUCAUCAAGCCGAGUCAAGUCAGUACGGCGACACGGACCCAGGGAUAACCAGCUUGAAGUGAUCUAGCCGAGCUUUUCGUUCCGGAACACCUAUCAAUGGACAUUGGAAGAGCAACGCGUGAUGGACCCUUGUUGCAUCGAGCCGUCGUUCAUGUAAGCUGAUAUAAGCAAACGUCCGCCAGGAGUUGCACAUAUAUGGCGCUCCUUUUGAGUGCCUGCGGAAGACAAUGUGUCAAGAGCCGCAGAACCAAAGCCCAACACCUCGGCAACCAUUGUCAAUGCAGAGUUCAUCGGAAACGCAAACGUGCUAUUCGAUCUGUUGCGAGCGGUCCGUAGCUGUCGAAAGAAAGAGAGAGAGAAAGCGAGCGGUAGGUUCGCUCCCGUCAAACCGGGUCGUCUGGACGAGGGAUGCGGACAGCGACAGGGGACCAGGACAUGCAUCUGGUCGACUGGGGGAGGUCUGGCAAUGGAAAGCAGGAACAUGGAAUGCAAGGAACAACCCCGCUCUCUUGCCGGCGAAUCGCAACUCGCCGUUGAAGAAGCAUCCAUCAAAGAGUCCAGAGACUUGCUGUUUAGCCUGCGUUUGCUGCCCACCCCUCCCGAAUCGGUUACUCAAAACGACUUCUGGCGCAGAGUACAGACGCGAGGGCGCACGAGCUUCAACAGAUGCCGAGGCUCAAGCUUCGAUUUGUUCUUCGUUUAGCCCAGUUUGGCAGGCCAGGCCAAGCCUGGCGAUGCAGCAGUACCACAAACGCAACGCAAACCAACGAGCUGCAAGCCUGCUCUCGAUCUGCGGCUGCUGGCUGGCCUCUCUCUCUCUCCACACUUCCACAGGACUAUUGCGACUUCAGCAUGCAGGCGAAAGUAUCCGUACCGCGAUGAGCGAGCUAAGGAGAACUUGACACCGCACUCGCACAGCACGGCGCGCCGAGAGAGGCCAGCAAUGCCGUCCUUGUAUCCAUCUCCACAACCCAGCCAUUGCCUGCGACGGACCAAGCACACGGAAAGCAAAAGCAUAGCUAGCAUUACGCAGUAGAGCUGCCACCGUCGACUUACACCGAGGCCAAAAGUCAACCGUCCAGUCCCACAAGCGCGUGCAGCUGCACCACGAGCAAGCACCAGUGCCAACACAAUC